AUGACGACACAAGCUAGGACUAAGGGAUGGGAAAAAGACUCCAAAAUAAAUGCAGACUACGAAUAUGAGAGAUUGAUCAAACUAGAAAAUAAAUUUAACAUAAAACCAUGGCUAAGUAAGGGGAAAAAGGAGGGAUAUCUAUACAACAUUGUACCUACAACGUUGAAUGUGGUUGUGAAUAGCUCUAACAAAUUCCAGAAAAAAACAGGCGUUCAUAUGUAUUUUGUAUCCGAUAAUAACAAAACGUGGAGAUUAACCCUAUUUUAUAGACCUUACUUUUAUAUGAAAACGAAGAACAUACACAACUAUGAAGCAGUUGCGAAGUAUUUAAAAAAGGAAUUAGACAAAAAUAAUGUCGAAAUUGAUUAUGUAAAAAAGGAGGAUCUAAGUUUGUAUGACCAUUUGAACAAGAAAAGAAGUUAUCUAAGUAACAUAUUUUUUAAAUUAUCAUUUGAUACAAUAGAAAAUUUAAUGAACGCUAGAGACUUUUUGUCGAAAAUAAUAGAAAAAAAUAAAAAGAAUAAAAAACAUAAUAAUUCUUCAAAUAAUGACAAGCACAUAUUUAAUGAAUGCGAAUAUGAAUUAUCACAAAGUAAAUUAGAAUUUUCAUACAAGCAUGAUUUUUCAUAUACCAAAUAUGAUGAGCAGGAAGAUAGUGGGUGGGCCAAGAAAAGCCAUGAUGCUGUCUCUUCUUCACCUUCUGGACAUAGGGUAGACAAAGAGAAACAAAAUGACCAAAAAAAAGGAAAUAUUGUUACUAAUAGUGCAGAUAAAGAAAGGGAUAGUAAAAAGAAUGAUGCUCAUGCAACGAUGAGCAAUCAAAAGUUAAACAUGAACGAAAUUGUCGUAAAUACAAAGAGGCAAAUUUUAAGUAAGGAAGAAAUAAUGGAUGAAAUAGUAGAAAUAUACGAAUACGAUGUAAAAUAUAUAACACGAAUAUGUAUUGAUAAAAAUAUCAGAUGUGGUGUGUGGUAUAAAGUAACUAGAGAUGAAGAAGAAUUGUACACCGAAUCAAUUCAUUUCGAAAUAUUAAAUAAGAAAGUUCUGGCACCUCUAAAUGUGUUGGCGUGGGAUAUUGAAUGUUACAAAGAUGAACUAAAAUUUCCAGAUAAAGAAAAGGAUGAAAUAAUUUUAAUAUCAUAUAUGUAUAAUGCACAAGGGUAUUUAAUUGUUAAUAGAAAUGUGAUGAGUAAAAACAUUACAGAAUUUUUAUACAAGCCAAAUGAAGAAUAUUCAGGAGCUGGUACAUUUAAAAUUUUUAAUGAACAAAACGAAUAUUUUUUAUUAAAAAGAUUUUUAGAACAUAUAAAAAUUUUGAAAAUACACAUAUUCGUGACAUAUAAUGGGGACUUCUUUGAUAUUCCUUAUCUAUGCAGAAGAUGCGAAAUUAACAAUUUAAGUGUUCCAAAAGAAAUUGGAUUUAUUAUGAAUAAUAAUAAACAAGAAUGUUCGUGUAACUUUAUAUUAAAUAUAGAUGCAUACAAAUGGGUUGAACGAGAUUCUUAUUUACCAAAUGGAUCCAGAACAUUAAAAAGUGUGUGCAAAAUUAAAUUAAAAUAUAAUCCAACAGAAGUAGACCCAGAACAGAUGGUUCCUAUUGCAAGAAAAAAUCCACAACAUUUAGCUGUGUAUAGUGUAUCGGAUGCUGUUGCUACAUUUUACCUGUAUGAUAAAUUUAUUCAUAAUUUUCUAUUCGCCUUAUGUUCAAUUAUUCCUAUGAAUCCAGAUAAUGUACUAAGACAAGGUAGUGGUACAUUAUGUGAGCAAUUGCUAAUGGCAGAAGCGUAUAAAAAAAAUAUUUUAUUUCCAAAUAAAUCGAAACCGGUUUAUAAUCAAUACUUUACCGAUUUCGAAAAUAAAAAAAAAUAUUUUAUUUAUGAUGAUUCCUUUGUUGGAGGAACUGUACAAAGUCUAAAAUGUGGAAUUUACAGAGAUGAUCUUAAAGAAUACUUUAAUCUAGAUGUAGAUGCAUAUAAACAUAUGCUGAACAAUAUUGAUAGUAUUAUCGAUUUCUGGAUUCAUAAAGAUUUGAAUAAAAACAACAGUGUGAAUGAUAAUAAAUAUAUCAACAAAAAUCAAAUAAUUAAUUUGAAAAAAAUUAAAAGUGAUAUUAUUAACAAACUAAACUUUUUCAUCCAAAAUCCAAAAAUUAACACAUGUCCCAAUAUCUACCACUUAGAUGUUGCUGCUAUGUAUCCAAAUAUUAUCUUAUCUCAUCGUUUACAGCCGAAUGCAAUAAUAACACCAGAUCAUUGUUUCAACUGUUCGUUUUAUAAACAACGCCAUUUGUGCCAGAAGCAGAUGGUAUGGAAAAGGAAACUCGAAAUAUCCCCCAUUGAUUAUGGUCAUGUCUUAUCUCUUAAACAAGACCUCAAAACGAGACUUUUCUAUCCUCAAAAAAGUUACUUCAAGACGAACAAUAAUGAGGAUUCUGAUAAAAGUACGAACGAUAAUUUACUAGAUGUUCCCAUCAGCAAAAAGAAAUCAUGGAACGAACUGACCGAAAAGCAACAACACGAAGAAUUAAUGAAAGUUAUAAAGGAUUGCUCACAGAAGGUAUUCAAAAAAACAAAAGUAGCAAAGGAAGUGGAUGCCGCGAGUUUGGUGUGCCAAAGGGAAAAUCCUUUUUAUGUAGACACUGUAAGAACAUUUCGUGACAGAAGAUAUGUAUACAAAAAAGCAUUGAAAGAAUGCGAACAUGAAAAAAAAGAGUUGUUGAAAGCGAAAAAAAUUGAUUAUAUAAAGAUUCAAGAGUUAGAUGAUAAAAUAUUGCUAAACGAUUCUUUACAGUUAGCACAUAAAUGUAUAUUGAAUAGUUUCUAUGGAUAUGUAAAAAGAAAAAGUAGUCGGUGGUAUUCCGAUCAAAUGGGAGCUAUUGUUACUUAUACAGGGUCCCAAAUAAUAAACGGAGCUUUUAAUUUAAUUAACAAAAUUGGAAUACCAAUGGAAUUAGACACAGAUGGAAUAUGGUGUAUGCUGCCAAAACAAUUCCCAGAGAUAUAUGAGGUACUGAUACUAGAAAAAAAUGAAUUAAACAGAUUAAAAGAGUAUGAAAACAAAUCAGAAGAAGAAUUAAAAAAUGAUUCCAAUGUAAGAAAGGUAGAAUUUGAAUUUCCUACAAAUAUUUUAAACUUCCAAGUGCAUAAAAAGUGGACAAACGAUCAAUAUCUAGUAUAUAAUGAAAAUACAGAUGAUUAUGAAUGCAUUAGCAAGAAUGAAAUUUUUUUUGAAUUAGAUGGUCCUUGGCAUGGCAUGUUUUUACCGGCAUCUGAAAAGUCAGAUGAUUUAUUAAAAAAAAGAUAUGUUGUCUUUAAUGAUAAAUAUAAAAUUAGUGAAUUAAAAGGAUUUGAAAUUAAGAGAAGAGGAGAAUUAAGAAUCAUUCAAAAAUUCCAAAGCGAAAUUUUUAAUCAUUUUCUAAAAGGAAAAACCAAAGAAGAAUCGUAUUAUUAUGCAUCUUUAACUGCAAACAAGUGGAAAAAUCUAAUAGACACCAAAGCAGUAGAUAUAGAUAAUGAUGAUGAAUUAUUUGAUUUAAUUUUAUCAAAGAAAGUGUUAAAUAAAUCAGUAAAGGAACAACCCAAUGCUAAAAGUUUUGGUAUUACAACUGCUAAACGGUUAAGUGAAUUAUUGAGCAAUUCAAGUUACGUCGAAGAUAACAAUGUAUCUACUCAGUUUAUUGUUGCAUCUAAACCUAUAGGCUCAGAUAUUACAUUUAGAGCUAUACCAAUUCAAAUAUUUAAAACUAAUGUAGAAACACAAAUCCAUUAUUUGGGAAAAUGGUUAGGUGUUAAGCUUCCCCCAAAUGUUCCUGUAAAUGUCCGAGAUAUUAUUGACUGGGAUUAUUAUAAACAAAAAUUAGAAGUGCAAAUUCUAAAACUAGUUAUCAUUCCAGCAAUUAAGCAAAAUAUUAACAACCCAAUCACAUCUAUUUCUGUCCCCGAGUGGUUGAAGAAGCAGAUUAAUAUUUCAGAGGGAAAACAAAAAAAAAUUACUGCCUUCUUUGUUAAAAAAAAUCUAAAAAAGGAAUGCGUCUCUAAUGAAAAUGAUUCAAGCAUUACUCCUACAAAGGAAAUACUCAAUACAGAUCUGCACCCCAAGGCAGAAACAGCAACCGAAGAAGAAGAUAUAACAUGGAAAAAAGAUGAUCCAAGUAAGCGUUCUUUGGAAAAAAAAAGUCCCUUCCAGGUGAAGGAGGAUGAGACAUGUACUGCACCAAGUUCCUUAUCUAACGCGACCAACCCGAAGAAGCGUUCCAUAGAACAAGUGUUGCUGGAAAACCUUAUUUCUAAGAGGAAAAAACUGGGACAACUAAACAAAAGCAACCUGGAUCACAGUAACUCAGGUUCCAUGGUUUACAAAAAGGUGAAUUCGCUAGAUGCGUACCUAGAGAAGAACAACAACAUUAUUAUUAUCAACCAUGAAAAGAUCAAUAUCAACAAUUUGAAGUACACAGAGCUCUUAGAAAUGUUUGAAACGGAUUUUAAAAAAUGGAUACAAAUUAACAACGCUAUAUGGAAAAAUAAUCGAAGUCAAAUUAAAAAAAUAAGAAAUGAAGGCAAGUUUAAGAGGAAGAAAUAUUCAUUGCAGGACGAAAGAAACGAAAAGGAAAAGAAAAAUAACGGUGCUACUUCCGGUGCGAAUGUAGGUGCUCACUUUGGUGCUUAUAUUGGUGAUGAUGAUGAAAAGACUAAUUCCCAAAAAAUGUCCAACUUGGAACCCAAAUAUUUACACGUAAUUCAGAAUGAUAUGGAUAUUGUUUAUCUAUACAAAAAAGUUAAGAAGAAAAAAACAACAUCCCAUUUUAAAAAGGGAAAAAAUAUUGGUACUAAUGCGUCCUUUACUUCGGGGGGUAUGAACUCCUAUUCCCCUAUGAAUAAUAAUUCAAAAAGUGAUAAGCAUACUUUGCUGAAACCGUACCUGAAGUACUUUAAACAUGAAACCGAUUCAGAUUCGUCUAACGAUGAAAAUGACAUUUUUAACGACACUAAUAAUGUACUUGACGAGAAUGAUGAUGAUGGUAUAUAUUAUGCAAUUGUAUCACUAAAAAAUAUGAACAAAUUUUACAAAAUAAAAAUACAAGUAUACAGACAUAUAUAUAUCAAUAAUUAUGAUCCCUUGGAUAUAAAAAGCAACAGCAAGAUUACCAUAAAUUUAGUUUCGUCAUCUGGGUUAUCAGGUUCAUCGAAUAAUGAAAAUUUCAUAUUUCACUCUAACGCAUUUGCUAAUUGUUUUUUACCCAGAAAUGUAAAAAUAUUCAAUUUGUAUGAAUUUAUUAUGUCAGAAAAGUAUUUCAACAGAUACGUAGUAAAUACAUUAAAUGCUAAUUAUCACGAAAGUAUUGUGUCUGUUUAUGAAACGAAGAUUCCCUUGUACUUUGAUUUUUUAAGUAGAUAUGGAAAUUCAGUUGAAAUCGACUCGACUAAUUAUAACUCCAUUUUUGAUGAAAAUAAAUGUUUCAAAUCACACUGCUUUUCUAAGGUCGAAAAGAACAAAAUUAAAAAUGUGUCUCAAGAUUACUUAGAUGAUAUACAUAUUAUACACAUUCACAUUUUCCAUACACUAAUAGAUACUGUGUGCAAUCGUAUUUUCAUCAGUGUGUAUGACCAAUUCGAGGAAAACUCUGAUGAUCUCUCGAUUGGAAAUAAAAUUAUGUUUAGUGGAAUUCCAAGUGACAAGAACUUUGAUCCGUACGAAACUUUUAUUAAAUUUUUACAACUACAAGAACACUAUGCUCAUUUCAAGGAUAACAUUACCUUCGAUACCAACGCGAAUGGUAUAUUCACGAAUAAUACAACUUCAGGAAACUUUUUUACAAAAAAUAAGGACAUCCAUAAUGACCAAUCUAAACUUUUCUAUACCGAUCAAAUUGAAGAAACAAAUAAAAAACAAAUAUUAGACCAUCUAUUUGAUAAAAAUUUUUUCAUAAAAAAUGUACAAAGAGAUUUAUUAUUUUUAUACCAUUACAGAAAAUUUGAUACUUAUUAUGAAAGCAAUUCGAAUGUGUACAAAGUGUUGGAAUAUCUAGAUUUAUAUCUAAAUAAAUAUCGUAAUAACAUGCUAUCUGGAAAAAAAAAAUAUAUUUUCUAUGUAUCAUCAACUAUUGAUAAGAAAAAAUUAGGUUGGUGGAGCACAGGUAAAUAUUUUCCUUGUUAUUUUAAGAAAUUUGAAAAUUCAGGUAAAUAUCAAAAUAUUAGCAGAGUUAGUUACAAACAGGAUGCAUUUAAUUUGUCAUUGCAACUUUUUUUUGAAAAUUAUCAUAAAGUAGAAGAAGAUUUAAAUUUUUCAAGAAUAUCAAAUAUCCCUUUAUUCAAUUUAUUAAAUGUUAACAAAAAAAAUCAAAAACAUAAAUUUAUUUAUGAUAUUCUAUAUGCAUCCUUUUUAAAAAAAUACAAAGGAAUUUUAUGGCUAUCUUAUUUUGGAAAUUACGAUUUGGGAAUUCCUUGUCUAAAUAUAAAUAAUUUUUGUGACUAUGAUUUAGUAAAAAAAAAUAGUGACAUAAUAAAUCAAGGAAUAUACAGAGGUUAUAUUGUCCACUUAUUUUUUAAUGAGUCUCUUAUUUUUAACAGCGUUAGACUUUUCACCAAAUAUGCAAAUGCUAACUCAUCUAAAGAGUAUUAUAACCCAACGAUAUCUGGAAAAAAUUCACAUAUGAAGAAAAAUUAUCACAAGAGGGUUCAAAAUGGUGAUAUGGUAAAAAAUCGCCAUCCUAUGAAGCAUACCAAAAACUCUGUAAGGAAAAAUGUAGAGGAAGAUUUGGACGCAGAUGACAUGUCCACAACAGACGAUAACAAUAGCAAAAUAGGGACAUAUGGGAAUCGUAAAGGAAGAGAAGGAAGUGUUUCAGAAAAUUUAGAUCGUGGUACAAAGAAAAAUGAUUUCUACGAUGACAAUGAGAUGCAGGAAAAUAAUGGUCUAUCAGAUUUUAGUGAAAAGAAGAAUUUAAUAAAAAAUAAAUAUGACAUAAAUUCCAUUGUGGAACAGAAUUCACAUGUCUCCCAAUUUAGCAACUUUGCAUUCAAAUUGUUAGGUCAGUCAUUAGAAUAUCUCAUAUCGAAAAUAUCUUCUCUUUCUAUGCUAAUAACAAAUAAAACAUUCGAAAGCAUAUCAGACAUUUUCACAUCCUUCUAUUUUUGGGUUUCGAGCAAUUCAAGUCUACUUUAUGAUGUAGCAUUAUAUAACAAAGUACUAGAAUGCUCAGAAAUUUAUCAAAAUAAUUUAAUAAAUAUUAUGAAGAAAAAAUUUAAUGCAAAUAUAAUUUUUGCAGACUUAAGAAAUUUGGUCAUAUCUUUUAACGAGUUUUCAGUUAUAUCUGGUAGAAAUAUUUUAAAAAACUUAAUAAAAUAUUUCUCUCACAGUGAUUCUAUAUAUGCAAAUGUACCAUUUUAUAUUAAACAAGAAUACAUAGCAGCUUGUCAAUUUGACAAAUAUAAUUUUAUAAGGUAUAAAGAAUAUUCCAAUCCAAACGAAGAAAACACUGAUGAAAAUUUAAAAAUUAUUGAGUAUUUACCCCCCAUCUGCGAAUCCUUUCUAAGAUAUGUCUUAGAUGUAAUAACGUUGAACCCGUUGCAAGAUAUAGUUGCGCUUUACGAAAAGUGGAAUCAUCAUAACAAUAAACAAUCCGAAGCAGAAAAUAAGCUGACACUAUCCAGUGAACCCGCAAAAAUGGAUGAGCAAAAUAAUAAUGAAGCCAGUAAACCUAACCAAACAAACAUGAAGGAUGAAAAAAACUACUUUAAUAUUAUUCUUAAAACAGAUAAAUUAACCGAUAAAAUAAACUUAGCACAAAGGGCUCAAUUGAAAUAUAUUUAUGAUAACUCCUUUGACGAUUUAGGAGAAGUAUGUGAAAGUUUUGCACUCAUUAAUGAAAAUGUAGAUGUACUGUCAUACAAAAUAGAAGAAAAAUUAAAAGAUUUGUGGUUUAUGCCAGGAAUUAUAUAUAAAAAAAUUAAAAAAUCGAUCAAAUAUAAAAAAUAUUUAGUAGAAAAUUAUUGGCCAUAUGAUGACGAUGAUGAUGAAAUAGAUGAAAAUAAUAUGAGCAUGGUACCAUUUUUAUUUCCAAAAACAUUAGGAAAUCUAGCUAAAAGAGAAAGUAACUGGAAAUUAGAAAUUGUCAAAUUCUGUAUAUUCCUAAUGGAAAAUGAUAAACUACUCAAUCUAGAAAAUGAAAAUUGUAAUGAAGCUUUUCAUGAAAAAAGACAUGAACUAUUUGAGAUUAUAGGAGAUUGUGAAUACAAUAGAAAAAAUUCCCACUGGAAAAGUCCAUGUCAGGAACUGAUUUUAAAAGAUAUUUUCUGUGAAAAUUGUUCAUCCGUGUAUCACAUGAACGUCGUUACAAGUUUGGUAGAAGCAGAGAUAAAUGGAAAAGCGUCUUUCAUUUGGUUAUGUAAAAAUUGCAAUUCGAAAUAUGAUAACGAGUUUAUUGAGUUGAAAAUUUUAUCUCUUCUUCAAGAGACGUUUGAUGCGUAUAAUGCUCAAGAUCUCGUGUGCAAGAACUGCAAUUCUAUAAAGUCAUUCUACAGAAGGGCAAUUUGCAAAUGUGGUCAAACAUUUAUGCCCCGCUUAGAUAUAGCUAACUGGACUAGAACUCUGGAAAUUAUGGAAAAUUUAGCUACUAUGCUGAAUAUGCCUAUAUUAUUAGAUGCUUUGAAGUCCAUGAAAACAUAUCUUGUAUAA